GGACUCUGGCGGGAGGGGUGGUGCUGCUGGCUGGGCGCGCAACGUCAGGGAACUUGUGUGGUAGCAGAGGGAAUGUGACGGAAGGAGUGUGCGUCCCCGCCGGAUCAAGGCAACCGACUCCCUCGGCCGGCCAGCACAGCGGAGCAGAGAAGAAAAUCCAGUCUCUCCAAAUCCAGUCUCUCUGGCGGGCCGUUCCUCCCUCCCUUCCCCUUCCCCGCCUUGUGGCUGGUUCUGCUCCAGCACCCUGAGACUGACUUUGCAGGAAGUACGGCGGCAAUGAGAGAGGUCUGUUAGCCAACAUCACCAUGUUCAGCAAGAAGAAAAAGCGCAUUGAGAUAUCCGCCCCCUCCAACUUCGAGCACCGGGUCCACACGGGGUAUGACCAGCAGGAGCAGAAGUUCACGGGGCUGCCCAGGCAAUGGCAGGGCAUCAUCGAGGAGUCGGCCAAGCGGCCCAAGCCCCUGGUGGACCCGGUGUGCAUCACGGCCGUGCAGCCCGGCUCUCAGAAGACCAUCGUGCGGGGGAACAAAACCGCCAAGGACGGCUCCCUGGCCUGGCUGCUAGAUGAGUUUGAGAACAUGUCGGUGUCGCGCUCCAACUCUCUGCGCAGGGACAGCCCUCCCUUCCCGCCCCGGCACGACCAGCUGCACCAGGAGAACGGCCUGGGCGAGGCGCUGGCCAAGCCUCGCCACCACCGCCACCGCCACGCCGAGGAGGGCCCGGGGGGCCACGGGAGCGAGGAGCACAAGGAGCGGCAUCGCCACGGGCCCAGGAGCGAGCUGGACCCGAGCAGGGAGAGGAGUCGGGAGCACAGGACUGCCCCGCCGCCCCCUCGCGGGCAGGAGCCUGCCAGCCGAUCCCAGCGGCCUCCGCCUCCCGAGUACCACAAGCCCUUCUCGGAGCAGAAGCCCCGGGCGCACGAGCGCGAGGGGAGGAGGGAGCCCCCGGCCGAGAGGGAGUCGGCUGACCGCGUGGUCAGGAGGGAGCGCGCCGACGGCCCUGAGAAAAGACCCAAGUCCACUUACACUGGCGAGGCCAGCCCGCAGUCCCCCCGGGAAAAGCGGCCCCUCUCGGGGCCAAAUAUCCGGACCCCCAAUAUCCCUGUCUCUGAGGGCGUCAUGAAAACAGCACAGCAGACGGGGCGACCUUUUAACACUUACCCACGCGCGGACACGGAUCCAGUCCGGGGUGCUCAGGCAGAGCACAGGCCCGGGAGACCCCACGAGACGGCAUCCAACGGCCCCAUCAGCGGAAGCAGCGGCUCCUCCCGAGGGCCCCCGUCAGGCCCAGCGAGACCCAAGAACCCAGAGCCGCCCCGUCCAGGACUCACCCAGCACGCGUCGGACCCCCACUUGACCCACGCCCCCCCACCGGCCCCUCAGCCUGCCCACCCCCAGCAGGCCCCCCCGCCCCAGCCACCAGCCCAGCCUGCCGCGCCGCCUCCCCCAGCCCCGCAGCAGCCUCGCUCCCCGCAGCGCGAGCCCCAGCGGGUGUCCCACGAACAGUUCCGAGCCGCUCUGCAGAUGGUUGUUGACCCCGGCGACCCCAGGACCUACCUGGACAACUUCAUCAAGAUCGGCGAAGGCUCGACGGGCAUCGUCUGCAUCGCCACCGUCAAGAGCAGCGGGAAGCUGGUUGCCGUCAAGAAGAUGGACCUGCGCAAGCAGCAGCGGCGGGAGCUGCUCUUCAACGAGGUCGUGAUCAUGCGGGACUAUCAGCACGAGAACGUGGUGGAGAUGUACAACAGCUACCUGGUGGGGGAUGAGCUGUGGGUCGUCAUGGAGUUCCUCGAGGGGGGCGCGCUGACCGACAUCGUCACGCACACGAGGAUGAACGAAGAGCAGAUCGCAGCCGUCUGCCAGUCUGUCCUGAAGGCGCUGUCCGUCCUGCACGCCCAGGGCGUCAUCCACCGAGACAUCAAGAGCGACUCCAUUCUGCUCACGCACGACGGACGGGUCAAGCUCUCCGACUUUGGAUUCUGUGCGCAAGUGAACAAGGAGGUGCCACGGCGCAAGUCCCUAGUUGGGACCCCUUACUGGAUGGCCCCAGAGCUCAUCUCCCGGUUGCCCUAUGGGCCAGAGGUGGACAUCUGGUCUCUUGGCGUGAUGGUAAUAGAAAUGGUGGACGGAGAGCCCCCCUACUUUAACGAGCCCCCUCUGAAGGCCAUGAAGAUGAUCCGGGACAACCUGCCCCCAAAACUGAAAAAUGUGCACAAGGUGUCCCCCUCUUUGAAGGGGUUCCUCGACCGCCUGCUGGUGAGAGACCCUGCGCAGCGAGCCACGGCCAGCGAGCUCCUGAAGCACCCCUUCCUGGGGAAGGCCGGCCCCCCUUCCUGCAUCGUGCCCCUGAUGCGCCAGAACCGGAUGAGAUGAAAGGGCGGCAGCAGCUGGACAGGCUACCAAAGAGAGCGCGGGAGACGACCCCCCCCGGCCCCCGGCCAGCCCCCACCAGGCAGCUGGAGACCUGCCGGCGGAGAUGGGCUCCUGCGGCACCUCCGGCCUGACCCCCCGGGGGGAGAGAUCUCCCUCCCACCAGACCAGACCGUGUGGGCACGGAGAGCCCGGCGGGGGGCUGCCUUCAUUCUGGGGGUCUCUGCUUACUGACGAACCAGAGCCCCGGGACCAAAUGGGGACUUGCCCGGCCUGCGGCUGCUUUCCCGCCUCUGGCAGGGACCCCCCUGGACCACCGCUCCGCACUACUGAGGGGGCAGGUCCAGCUGUGGGGUUUUUAAAGACUGGACCGUUUCUGAUUGCUGUUUGAUUGUGUGUAUCAUGGAUCGAGGGCAGCGGUGUUGAGUGGGCUGGCGGGAGGCUCCGGUUGGGGGCGGCGGGCGGUGGGUUCCCUCCCAGCAGCUGCAAGUGCAGAGCAGAGCGUGGAGGCCACUGGCGAAGGUUAUCCCACGGAGCGGCAGCCGUCCCCACGUGCCCGCUCGCACACGCACACUUGCUCGCUUGAGUCGGGAUGCUCCUGGCGCGUCAGUCCCUGCAGGCGGUGGGGCAGCCCAAGCCGGACGUGCCCCAGGCGGUGAUCCGGGAGGAGGCUGCCGCCUGCCUGCCUUCCUUUGGCCGCUUUUUCCGCAAGCCCCUCCCCGCCCUUCCCUGCAGCCUGGGCCCCUCUGUCCAGGCCGGGUGGGGGGGCUGCCCCCCCAGCCACGUGUCCCCUCCUGCUUUGCCGGCCGCGCUUUUCUGCAGGGCCCGGACAGCCCCCUGCGUCUGCCAGCCAGGCUUCAGCCAGCAGCCCCCGUCGCACGGGAAGCCAGCCUCAGGGUGGGACGUGCUCCGAUAUUUUGGGUGCGGAAAGGGGGACCACUGCCCGGCAAGAACCCUCCCCUCUGAACUGCCAUGCGGUGCGUGUGGGGGCCCGUCUCCAGGCCGUGGCUCCUGCCCCACUGGUCCCCCAAGUCGCCGCUGCAGCUGCUGAGGGUCUGCUUGAUCACACGCCCAGUCCGGGAGGGGAUGGGCUGCAGGCCACCCCUCGGCCACCACGUCCCCUGAAGAAGGGGUGGAGGUGGCCACCUGGCCAGAGCAGAGCCCUGCAUGCCCCCCCUUGGCGCCCCGUGUUGCCCCCUUCCUCCCACAUCAUCCUGCCUGGCCCGGGGUGGCAGGACUCCCGUGUCUCCCAAGAGUGGCGGCCUGCGCUCUGCUCGCGCUCCUUUCUGCUUGAGGGUCUCCACCUGGAGCAUGAGGACUGCCCUGCGGAGCAUCUCAUUCCUGGCCUGGUUCGAGCCCGGCAGGCACAGGCUCUGUGGGCUUGUGCUUGAGGGAAGGGAGAGCGGGGGGGGGGAUGGACGAGCCCCCCGGCACGGCGGGGGCCGGAUGCUGCUGCUGCUUCCCCAGCGGAGGAGCAGUCGGCUGAUGGCCUUGGUGGCUCAUGGCCCGCUGGAGCUGCAGCUUCCCCUGAGGGGGCGAAGCCGCCCGCUCCUCGGUGCCCGCUGGGGCCCUGUGCGCGCACAGCAGGGGAACCCAAGAGCCACUGUGGGCCCCACCUGGGACCGUGCCGGGGAGCAGCGGCAGGAUGCGCCCGGUGUCGGGGUGGCAGCCGGCCCGGAGCGCGGGAGGCCCCUGCGUGGGCACGGCUCCGUCCUUUUCUGUCUGCCGAGGCCCAGCGGCGGCUUCGCGGACGGAGUGGGGGGCACUGGGCCCCCCGGGGCCACCAGGCACAGAGGCUUGCCGGGAGCCGAGCGGCAUCGGGCUUGCUGGGCAGCGGACUCAGAGCAGGGGAAGGAGCAGGCGCCUGCCGGGUGGGCUCAGCGGCUGUGGGGGGAGCGCAGAGCUGCCCCCGGAAGCCUUGCCGGUGCCUCGCCAGGACGCCCCCUUGCACACCGUACAGCGCCGACUUCUCUGCACGCAGCCUCACGGGCGGGGGUCUUGUUUUCCUUCAUGGUUGGGGAGCCUCCCCCUGCCCGUUUUGCUCCUAUGGGUCUAUCGUGCACCUUCACCCUGUGGCCACGUUGGGGGGGGGGGGGGAGAGCACCUCGUUUCAGGCCCCUUCCUGCCUGGGGCGGUGCAGCGGCCUCUCCUGCUCUGCAGUUGCCUCUCGCUAAGCAGCCGCUGCUGCCGGCCUGUGGGGCUCUCCGGGCAGUUGGGGGUGCGUGUGUGUGCUUGCUUGCUUGCUUCUCCGGGAAGGAGCAACCCAGCCAGAGCAGGCCGUGCAGGAUGGACCGGUGGUUCUCGCGUCCCACCUCUCCUUGGUGCCGCAUGGGUGCAAACUGGCGUAGGUCGGAAGACUUGUCUGGGCAGGUGGGAAAGGACCACAGGGCAACAUUUGUGGGGAGGGCCCAGGAGGUACCGGGGGCCACAGCGCGUGGCGCAUUGCUCUUCCGGCUUUCCGCCACCGCAGCUUCUGCUUCCCACAGAAUAUUUCUCUCAUCCCAGGCUCCGGGGGCUUCCAGCCAUUCUGCUGGCUAACCUGCCUCCCCCCCCCGCCCCCGGUCGCGCCUCUUUGGCGGUAGGCGGCACACGCUCUGCUCUGCUCUGCUCUGCUCUGCUCUGCUCUGCUCUGCUCUGCGCCACGGUGGGGCAGGCCGGGCCGGCACUGGCGGCCUGCUCUUCAGAAAACACCAGUCCUCGGGGGCCUAGCUGAGAGCCGCUUCUUGCCGCGAGGACCCAAAUUCAAACUCUGCCAGCACCCCUGACCCAGCGCUUUGCCACCAAGGACAAUCCGCCUCUGCUCAAGUGCUGGGUUUCCUUAAAAGCUGGGAACAAGUUUUAACUCUACUGCAGUUUUAAAUCUGAGCCAUUUUGCUGACGUUUUCAUCUUGCAUUCACAUGUAAAUAGGGACCCAAGGAGGUGGGCAGGCCGCCCACAUUCGCUGCCUCUGCACCCCUCGUUUUUCUGACAGCCACCGCUGUCUUGACUUCAGGAAGCUCUCCUUUUUUUAACGGCACUAACACUUCAAGAAUGCAAAAACACCGGAAAUUUCCUGCAGGGAAAAUACUUUAACAUCUCACAUACUUUCAGAUACUUUCAAGGGGAGUUCCUGGAGUGAUCAUCGCUCACCUUCCUCCACACAACCGCACUACAACAGGACUUCUUCCCAGUUCCCCGAAGUGCAGGACUGGAAUUUUAACUACAGGCUGGUGGGAACCGGCCUCCACGCCCUUCUCUCCCUCCUCUGCCUCCUUGUAGCUUCAAGAUUUUUAUAUGACUGGAGGCUUAGGAAUGAGGGUCUCUCCUCCCCUAUGAAAAUGACUACUGAUUCAUUUUGUGGGUUUUUGUUACCUUUUUUAAAAAAAAGUUAUUUAUAUUGUAAUUUUUUUUGUAAGACACAACAGUAUUUUGCGUUGGGAUGAUUUAAAAAAAAAAAACUUUCAGGCAGACAGCUGUGACUAAUUCUAGUAAAAGUUCGGCCAUGAGUUGUAUUGUAUAAAAAAAAUCUGGAGUUCAUGUCAUGAGAUUUGGCUGUGGGUUUCCUUGUUUGGUUGCUUUACAGAAAUGGUGUUGAGCUUGGGUGAAAAGUUCUAAGUAGUCAAAAUUCUAGUUUUGCAAUUACAGAGGUUUGCUAUUUCCUUUA